AUAGGAACCCGCUCACCCAUCUGACAUAGUUUGACACAGUACUCGCCUCUUAUCACUAAGGCAAAAAAACCAGUUCAUCUUCUUCCCCCUAUAUGCCAUAGGAAUUAGUACUAAUUAGCUUCAACCAUGCUCUCUCUGACGAAUUCAAUUCCAAUUUCUUCACAUUUGAGCGACACUCGUUUUAACUUUCUUUCUCCAAGCGGCAGCAGAAAUCUUCGCCGAGUUACACUUGUUUGCAGCCGUCUUUCGUUCCCGCAGAGGAACAUAUGUAGGUGCUCAACCACCGAGCAACCGCCACCACAACGGCGCAAACAACGGCCGGCAAAGCAGUCCGACGAGGAGAAAGGCAUCGAUCCUGUUGGGUUCCUCACCAAAUACGGCAUUACCCAUAAAGCUUUCGCUCAGUUUCUUCGUGAAAGAUAUAAAUCAUUGAAGGACUUGAAGGAUGAAAUAUUGACUCGUCACUUCAGUCUCAAGGAGAUGUCUACUGGAUAUGAAUUACUGGGUAUGCAUCGCAACGUGCAGCAUCGAGUGGAUUUCUUGGAGUGGGCUCCAGGUGCUCGCUACUGUGCUCUAGUUGGUGACUUUAAUGGGUGGUCAACAACUGAUAAUUGUGCCAGAGAGGGUCAUUUUGGUCAUGAUGAUUGUGGGUAUUGGUUUAUUAUUCUUGAAGAUAAAUUGCGUCAAGGAGAAGAACCUGAUAAAUUGUAUUUUCAACAGUACAAUUAUGUGGAUGACUAUGAUAAAGGUGACACUGGCAAUACCAUCGAAGAAAUCUUUAAAAAAGCAAAUGAUGAGUAUUGGGAACCCGGAGAAGAUCGCUUCAUUAAGUCACGUUAUGAGGUGGCGGCAAAGUUAUACGAGGAAAUGUUUGGCCCAAAUGGACCCCAAACGGAAGAGGAACUAGAAGAAAUGCCUGAUGCAGUGACACGGUACAAAGUCUGGAAAGAGCAACACAAAAAUGACUCAGCAAGCAAUUUGCCAUCGUAUGAUGUGAUGGAUAACGGAAAAGAAUAUGACAUUUUCAAUAUUAUAGGUGAUCCCGAAUCGUUUCAGAAAUUUCGUAUGAAGCAGCCUCCUAUUGCUUACUGGUUGGAAACUAAAAAGGGAAGGAAAGCUUGGUUCCAGAAAUAUAUGCCUGGUUUACCUCAUGGAAGCAAAUACAGGGUGUAUUUUAACACACCAAAUGGGCCUCUUGAACGAGUUCCCGCAUGGGCUACUUAUGUCAUUCCAGAUGCCGAGGGGAAGCAAGCAUUGGCAGUUCAUUGGGAACCACCUCCGGAAAGUGCUUACAAGUGGAAACACAAGCAUCCUCUCAAGCCUAAGUCAUUGCGCAUAUAUGAAUGUCACGUCGGUAUCUGCAGCCAGGAACCAAAAGUUUCUUCUUUCAGUGAUUUUAUUAGCAAGUCACAGAAUUUCCUGGCUAUUAUACUCUUUUGGAAGGAACUUUACUCUUCUUGUAUGUUGUUAAUAGUUCAAGUCAACAGGAAGUUUUCUGUUUUUACAUAUUACCUGAGCAGGCAGAGAUCCUUGUUUCAAUCUCAACGCGCCUAUUAUCAAAAAAAAAACUUUCAGUGCUUGACCCGUGAAAAAGAACAACACUGCACAUUAGGGGAAGAGCUUGGACUGCUUGUCUUUUUGGAGAUUGUGCACUCUUAUGCAGCAGCAGACGAAAUGGUUGGAUUAUCGCUUUUUGAUGGAACAAAUGACUGCUAUUUCCAUACUGGUAAACGCGGAAAUCACAAAUUCUGGGGCACACGGAUGUUCAAAUAUGGAGAUCUUGAUGUUCUACACUUUCUUCUUUCAAAUCUGAACUGGUGGGUGGAGGAGUAUCAUGUUGAUGGAUUCCAUUUUCAUUCACUCUCAUCCAUGCUGUAUACACACAAUGGAUUUGCUUCAUUUACUGGUGACAUGGAUGAGUACUGUAACCAGUAUGUUGACAAGGAGGCCUUAUUGUACCUCAUAUUAGCAAAUGAAGUAUUGCAUGCUCUUCACCCAAAUGUGAUCACGAUUGCCGAGGAUGCAACACUGUAUCCGGGACUUUGUGACCCAACUUCUCAAGGUGGACUGGGCUUUGAUUAUUUUGUGAAUCUUUCUGCCUCGGAGAUGUGGCUUGCAUUACUUGAAAAUACUCCUGAUCAUGAAUGGUCCAUGAGUAAGAUUGUUAGCACAUUAGUGGGCGGCCGACAAAAUGUUGAUAAGAUGCUUUUGUAUGCUGAAAAUCACAACCAGUCCAUUUCUGGAGGUCGCUCAUUUGCAGAAAUACUGAUUGGAAACUCCUCGAAGAAAUCUCCUAUAUCACAAGAGUCAUUCCUUAGAGGAUGCUCGUUGCACAAGAUGAUCAGAUUAAUUACAUCUACAAUUGGUGGUCAUGCAUACCUCAACUUCAUGGGCAAUGAAUUUGGUCACCCAAAGAGGGUUGAGUUUCCCAUGCCAAACAACAAUUUCUCAUUUUCACUAGCUAACCGUCAGUGGGAUCUGUUGGAAAAUGACGUACAUAAUCAAUUGUUCUCAUUUGAUAAGGAUAUGAUGGACUUGGAUGAAAAUGGGAGAAUUUUGUCGCGAGGUCUUGCCAAUAUUCACCAUGUCAAUGAUACUACCAUGGUGAUUUCUUACUUGAGAGGCCCCAAUCUCUUUGUGUUCAACUUUCAUCCUGUCAAUGCAUAUGAAAGAUACACUAUAGGUGUGGAAGAAGCUGGAGAAUAUCAAGUCACAUUAAAUACAGAUGAAAAGAAGUAUGGCGGUAGAGGACUGAUUGAACAUGAUCAUAUUGUUCAAAGAACCGUUAGUAGAAGAGCUGAUGGAAUGAGAUUUUGCUUGGAAGUGCCUCUACCAAGUAGAAGUGCUCAGGUCUACAAGUUGACUCGAAUUCUUAGAGUAUGAUUGCUCUAGUUGUCAUAUUGCUUCAUACUAUGACGUGAACGAAAGAAUGAGCUUUGCCCAUUAUACUUAUCAGUCAGCGCCUCUUCCAAGAUGGGAUUCUUGAGAACAAGCUGUUGGCAAGUCAGUUAUCAUGAACUUUUUGCCUUCGAUAUCUGGAUGUGCAAAUGGGGCAUGGAAGAAAAUGUUGGCUCUGCCAUAGGGGCCAAAAGCAUCUACUGACAAUCGCAAACCAGAUUAAGAUUUCAUAGGUCUUGAGCGAUACCAUCUGUCAGUUUAGGGUAUAUGAGGGCAACAAAGUGAAGUUUUGAAUGAGAAAGGUUCACUUUUAAGGAAGUAGCCAAUAGAAGAUUUGUCGAAAGAUCUUCUUUGGAGUUAACAAUGUAUAUAAGAGCAUUCAAAUCGACGAGAAACUUCAAUUUUACAUCGGAUAUUUAGUUAUCCCUUUAAACAUUGUGUCUGUUAAGUAAUUGAUUCAAGAUCUCCGGAAGGUGUUUGUAAAUCGUGUGUUUCUUGUUAAUGUAUAUUUACAAAGUGUAUGUGAUAGAGGAUGAAGGGACAGAAAAGAAAAAGAGAAUCGUGAAGACCACCUCUGGUGGUUUUCUAUGGAGUUUUUGGAGAAUUUUUGAAAUACAAAAAGGUGUAUGUGAAAUAUCAAAGUGAAGAUGAACUAGGAACUGGUAGUGUUCUCUCCCAUCGAUUUGCUAUGCGUAUGUCUAAAUUGGCAAAUCUUGAUUUGUAAAUGAUCAGAGUAGGGUUGAACCAAAUGUAUCAACUAUGUUUCAAUGCCAAAUCAAGUAGAAAUCGACCACAUGAAAAAUUUAUAUUCA